AAACCAGCUCCAAUUCCACAAUAUCGAAACAGAGAUCAUACAGCCAACAAAAAAAAAUACGACUGUAUCACUCAAUUUUAAUUUAAUUAAUAAAGAAAAAGUCAUCUUUUUGUUUUUGAGACUUACGGUCCUUAGCAAAUUUCACCGGGAAGGCAUUGACAAAAUAGUGAAUGAGCGGCGCAUGAAAUUACAGAUGGCCCAUCUUCAUAUCACCAUGCAAUUAAUGAUACUCACAGAAUAGAAAGAGAAAAACUCAACUCCUUCAUAGCUGUGCGGAGAAUUCCCGAUUCUUUUCUUCUUCUGCAAUUUCAGUAUUCUCAAAAGCUGGUGUGAUCAAAAAAUGGAGAGAUUGCCAACGGAUCUUUAUCUGAAGAUUUUUGGUUGGUUGGAUCAUCAAAAUCUCGCAGCUGCUCUUAUGGUGUGCAGGAAAUGGAGAGACAUAGGAUCAGAUGAAGAGCUAUGGUGUAAUCUGUUUAAAGAGAGAUGGGGGAUUGAAGGAGCCACAUUUUACGCCCCUGAUCCUGAUCCUGCUGCUGCUGCUCCCGACUCGUGGAAACACGUCUACAUUGUUCAAGAUCGGUGUGAUCGUGUUGGAUUGGGGUUGAAGAUAAUAAGGGAAGGAGAUGAUUAUUACUUAGUUCAUCAAGGUAAAAUUGAACGCCAUCUGGGAUCAAGUUCAAGACAAGAUGCUGCAGAUGAAGAGGUAGGUAUCUUAGACAAAAUUCUCUUCUUCGUUGGAGACUUGGAAGUUGCUACUAUACAUGCAAAACGCAGUCGUUUAAUGUAGCUGUUCCAUUUUCUUGAGAUUAACAAUAAUUCCUUGUGAAGAUGUAUAUUCACAAACCACAACUCUUUGUAUGUAAUAUUCAUUAGUGGUGCCACCUCACUUAAAUAAGUUGAUGUAAAUUCCUUAUGCUACCGUUUGUUUGCCAGAGAUUCUGCUCAAGAAAGAGAAACUAAUCUGAUUUAUGUUAAUCUCCAA